CUUGUAAUUUCCCAAAACAAUCUAAAGCCCAUAAUUCAAUUCAAAUCUAUCAGCUGCCUAGAAAUCUUGAACUUGCUUCUCCACUAUAAGUCUAUAAAUAGCAGGCAAUAAAUGUAGAAAACAACUCAACCAACUUGAACUCCCUCCCAUCUCAGUUACAUUCACAAAUGGCUGGCUUCAAGAAAUCUCCAUACAAUUCACUCUAUGUCAACCCCCUCAAUGAUCUCAAGCAUAUAAGGAGCUGCAGUGAGGGUGACAAAGAAAAUGCAGCCCCAAAAGCCAAAGAAAAUGGCAAUGCACCACCACCCACCAAGCAGUUUCCAUACACAAAGUGCUCCUCCACCACCACCAGGGUCCCCCUGAAGCCAUCUUCACUGCAGCUAUGCAUGCAGCUCAAUGAGCCUGAUUCAACUUUAGGGUCCAAAGUGUGGUGCCCCAUCAGCUCAGAGCCCUUCACUUCCUCCCAUGUUUGGGACUAUUCAGAUUCUGAGGCUGCCCCAGCUUCUUCCUGGUCUACACUGCCCAAUAGGUCCUUGCUGUGUAGGCCUUUGCCUUUGGACAUUGGGAGAUGCACCUGUGUCAUCGUGAAGGAGGCAUUACCACAAGGGUUGGAUGGGGGUGCUCUGUAUUCACUUUACACCAAUGAAGGCCAAGGGCGACAAGAUAGAAAACUAGCUAUUGCACAUCAUAAACGGCGUAAUGGAAAGUCUGAGUUCAUUGUAGCUCAGAGUGUAAAGGGGAUAUUAUGCAACUCAGAUGAUAGCUUCAUUGGGAUAGUAACAGCCAACCUCCUUGGUUCAAAAUACCACAUAUGGGAUCAGGGGACUUGCCUCAAUUCUGUAGCAAAGCGGUCUAAACCUCUUUUGGCUGUUGUAACAUUCAUGCCUACAAUAGCCACCUUGACAGGAAGUUACAGAAACAUACGGGCAUGGAUACCAAAGCACCAGUCUAUGCAGCUGAAGAACUCAACUCAGAUACAACAUAUUAAUGGACUGCCCAACGACUGGGAGAGCAAAAAGGACAAAGUUCACCAGCUAUUCUCGAGGGUUCCUCAUUAUAAUAGUGUUUCAAAGCAGUAUGAGUUAGAUUUCAGAGAAAGAGGAAGAGCAGGACUUCGAAUCCAAAGCUCAGUGAAGAACUUCCAACUUACUUUGGAGGAGAAAGGAAAGCAGACGAUCUUGCAGCUUGGAAGGGUUGGGAAAUCAAAGUAUGUGAUGGAUUACAGAUAUCCUUUGACAGGUUAUCAAGCAUUCUGCAUAUGUUUGGCUUCUAUAGAUUCAAAGCUCUGCUGCACAGUAUAAUCCCAUUUGUGAUUCAACCUCUGAACACAAGUUUUCAAAUUGUUCCUCUGGUUUUGAUUCUUGGUCUGCAAUUUUGAGCUCAAUGCAUACCAAGUUCCCUGGAGCAUGCAAGAUGUUUAGGCAAUGCUUCACUUCCAGCCCACAUCACUAUUUUGUGGAGAAACUUGGCAUGCCAAGCAUGUAAAUGGAGUUGGGAAGGAAAUGUAUGGCGGGGUUGGUUCAUUAAACCGAAAAAAGGAGACUUGAAGGAUGUGUAACAUUGCUUGUUAUCAGUACUCUCCAUUAUUAAUAUACAGUUAUCUGGGUACUCUGCAUUGAUGA